CAGAAAUAUUUUAUUAUUUAAUUAUUUGAUACAUGAUUACAAAGAUUUAUGCAAUGUAAUCAUUUUCUUUAAAAUUAAUUUUGUAUGUGUAUGGUGUUCUUAUUUGUACAGAUGUGUGAGUACAGAUGUAUGUGUAUCCACAUCUCAACAUUGGGUAUCUUCUUCAAUGUCUUGUCAUCUUAUUGUUUUGUAAAUAUGGUCUCUCAUUAUACAUGUUGCUCACUUAGGCUAUGCUGACUGGCCAAUGAUUUCCCAAGAUUCUCCUGUCUCUACCUGCCUAGGAAUGAGAUUACAGGAGCUGCACUGCCCUGUACCCUACUUUUGCAUAGACGCUGUGGAUGGAACUGGGGAAUUCAAGCAUAAGUGGCAGGUGUUUUACUACUGAACUAUUUUGCCAACUCCCAAGUUAGCAAUAUUUUAAUUGUAUUGGUAGGUUUUAAAAAGUAUACUUUAAAGUUGAGUUGAUUCAUUUUUGUAAUUUAGGAAAAUAAUCAUCUUAUAUGUUUUUUGAGACUGCAAGGAAAAGUCUGGGACAGUUAAGAGUUGAAUCAAUCAUUCAAUAUUUAUGAAAUUGAAUUCUUUCUCAUGUAUCUGCUCUGUGUGCAAGAUCCAUGUGGGAACCCGUGCAUAUGUAAUCAUGUAUUUACCGGUGAAAGUGUGUUUUAAAGGGAAUAUGUUAUUCAUGCUUUCACUUCUUUUUGUUGCUAAAGUUAAACUUAUUUGGACUAAUGUGUUUUCAUUUAUUAUGAGAAAUUUGUAAAAAGUCCUUAUAAAUUCUGUGCAUUUAAAGGGUUUACACUGAGAAGCUUAUGACUUUAAUUUAGAUUUGUUGUUCUAGCUUAGAGUGUUCAACUGACAUCCCUGCUGUAGGAAGUGUGGAGGGGCUUGGUGCAGAUUUUAAUCACUGCUUUUAUUGUGUGAAAACUGAACAUUUUCUUAAGACUCUAAAGCAGCAUUGUUCUUUCUGUAACAGGACAGUUUAGCUCUAAAUAAGAAUUUUUGGGUGCAUCUGAGCAUUGACUUUAAUAUUGUGUCACUAUGGAGGCAGAACCUUCACUCUCUCUGUUUGUUUUAGAAUAUUUGAAAUUAUGCUGAUCUUUCUGGACAUAUUUCUUGUGGCUAUAGAUCUACAUCUUAAUAAAAACAUAUUUUAUAUUCCUCUGGAAUAUAGUUCAGUUUCUUUUGCUAUUGCUUUGUUUUUCCUUGUGGAUGUUCUUCUUCGAGUAUAUAUAGAAGGGAGACAACAUUACUUCUCUGACUUACUGAACACCCUCGACGCCGUUGUUACUGGUGUGACUCUGCUCAUCGCCAUGGCUGUCAUGUUCUAUGAGAAGAAGUUUCUUAGAGAUGUCCCAAUAUUGGGAAUUGUAUUUCGACCGCUGCGGCUUUUUAUUCUGAUACGAAUUUUGCAACUGGCUCAUCAAAAAAGAGACCUUGAAAAGUUGCUGAGGCGGCUGGUUUCAGGAAACAAAAGACGAUACAUGAAGGAUGGGUUUGACCUGGACCUCACUUAUGUUACUGAGCGUAUUAUUGCCAUGUCAUUUCCGUCAUCUGGAUGGCAGUCUUUCUAUAGAAAUCCAAUUAAGGAGGUUGUGCGGUUCCUUGACACCAAGCAUCCAGACCACUAUCAAGUCUACAAUCUCUGCAGCGAGAGAGCUUAUGACCCUAAGCACUUCCACUACAGGGUCCGCAGAAUCAUGAUUGAUGAUCACAAUGUCCCCUUGCUUGAGGAAAUGCUGUUGUUCUCGAAGGAAGUGAAUGAUUGGCUGGCUCAACAUCCUGAAAAUGUUGUGGCCAUUCACUGUAAGGGAGGAAAAGGAAGAACAGGAACCAUGGUGUGUGCCUGCCUCAUUGCCAGUGAAGUCGUUUUAAAGGCAAAGGAAAGUCUUUACUUUUUCGGGGAGCGGCGAACAGAUAAAACCACCAGCUCUAAGUUUCAAGGAAUAGAGACCCCUUCUCAGAAUAGAUAUGUUGACUAUUUUGAAAAACUGAAAAUUAGCUACCAAUGGACUCUCCCUCCAAGAAAAAUACUUGUGAUAAAAAGAUUUAUUGUUUAUUCUAUUCAUGGUGACGGAAGUGACCUAGAAGUACAGAUAGUGAUGUGGCAGGAGACUAUAUUUUCCUGUUUUUCUUCUAAAAAUUGUAUGAUGUUUCAUGAUGUUGAAACAGACAGAGUAAUAAUUAAUGUAUUCAACUGUCCAGCUCUAUAUGAUGAUGUGAAAGUGAAGUUUCUCUCUCCGAAUCUUCCUAAAUACUAUGAUGACUGCCCUUUUUUCUUUUGGUUUCAUACAUCUUUUAUACGAAAAAACAGGCUUUAUCUACCAAGAAAUGAAUUGGAUAAUACCCAUAAACCAAAAACAUGGAAUAUUUACAGUCCAAAGUUUGCAGUAGAAGUGUAUUUUGAUGAGGUAUAGCCCAAAGUUGUGUAGUAGCUGUUGACUAAGUGCUGUUCCCCUUCUUGGAGAGAGACAUGUUCUUUCCACUCCAUGUUGCGUGUUUCUGUCUUCUAACCUAUGUCACUGACGGUGUGUCUGUAGUAUAUGUGUGCACAUAUUUCUGGGAAAUAUAUUAAAUGUAUACAGGAAAAAUUAUGUCAAUGGCCUUUUUUUUCUUUUGAAGGCAUAUACAAUAUGGUCUUCCUCUUUUUAUUUUUGAGAGAGGGUCCCACUAUAAAGCCCUUGCUGGCCUGUAAUUCACUGUCGGCUAGAUGUGAACUCACAGAAAUCUACCUGGCUGUGCCACAUGAGUUCAGGGAUUAAAGGUGUGUAUCACCAUGCCUGGAUCUCUUUGUACGUACUGUUUGGAACAUUCUGUACAUAGAAGUAUUAGGUAUUAUUUUAAAGAACUUUGAAGCAUUCAAUCUUUCAUGUCAAUAUUAGGGACAUUAGGUAUAUUUUGAGAAACUUUGAAAUAACAGAUUUUUCCUGUCGAAAGAGUUGAGCCAUUAUAGAAGUUAUCUGUGUUCCCACAGUACACAUGUAUUUAUAUGUUUCAGAACAAGUAUUUAUUCUGUUUUAUGUUUGUAAUUCACCUCUAC